CCCCCCCCCCCCCCCCCCGGGGAUUAUGAUUUUUUUAUUCAGAUUUUUUUUCUCUCUACGUGUAAUUAUAUUAUUGAGUUUUUAUUAGUUGAAGGAUCACCUUUUUUGCUUUCUUUUGACAUUUAAAUAUGAUCUCAAUUGGAGUUCUUCAUUAAGAUCUUUUAGAUAUAGCAGUGAAGUAAGAGUUAUGAAGACUCAAUCAAGUAAUAAGAGAUCUGUUGAUACAAUCAAGUUGUAAGAGUUCUGUUGACCUCGGUCAAGUAGUAAGAGUUCAAGGUGAAGUUAACGAUAGUGAAGAAUGGAAGGGAAUUUGAUUUGAAUACAAUGUGAAGAUAUCAAGAUUUCAAGUUUUGAAGAAUUUGAAGUCAUCUUUAAAAUAUCAUUUGCAAGUGAACCACGAGGUUUUGGAUUUGUCCAGUUUGUCGACCCUGCUGAUGCUGUGGAAGCUAAAUAUCAGAUGGAUGGUCAGGUUCUGCAAGGUCGGCAGCUCACAGUUGUUUUUGCAGAGGAGAAUAGAAAGAAGCCAACAGAGAUGAGAGCUAGGGAACGUGGAGGAAGAGGUCGUGCAUACGAUCGUAGACGGUCUCCUCCACGUUAUUCUCGAUCCCCCCCUCCACGCUAUGGCAGGUCUCGAUCCCGUAGCCGAGAUUACUACUCUCCGCCACCAAAGGGAAGAUACUCAAGGACUAUUUCCCCACACGAGAAAAGGUACGUUAGAGAGAGGUCAUUCUCGCAGUCCCCAUUGGAGGGACCUUCUCCAUCUUAUAAUGGUUUGAGGAGCCGCAGUCGAACUCCAGUUAGGGAACGUUCACCAUAUGGCAGGAGAAGCCUUAGCCGAAGUCCAGGUGCGGAUCAUCAUUCUCCUGCUAGGGUUCGAAGCAGAAGUCCUUACCAUGUCAAUUACUCUAGGGAAUCUGGUAGGGAUGGGUCGCCAGGCCACUAAACUCUCUUGGAAAUAGUUGCUCUUGUGCUGUAACACUGUCUUGAAAUGUUCCAUUCGUAGAUUUGGGACUUUGGUUGCCUUUUCUCUUGAAAUUGUUUCUCAAGUUUGGUUCGUUGUCGGAUU